AUUUGGACUAUAUAACCAAAUCGUAGGCCCAAAUUUUCUCUAUUUAUUCCCCUCUCUCUCUCCAAUAAUCAAAUCGCUGCAAACGUUCACCGCUGUGAAACCUUUUCAGCCGCCGAGUUCCUCAAAAUAUCUUUUUUUCGCCCAAAUCCAAUCAUCUUUCAAGCUCCAAGCAAUUCUGUUUUUUUACUAGCAAUGGCAACUAGACUUCAAUUUGAAAACUCGUGUGAAAUUGGAGUUUUCUCAAAGCUGACCAAUGCAUAUUGCUUGGUAGCUAUUGGGGGUUCUGAAAACUUCUACAGCACAUUUGAGUCUGAGCUAUCAGGCAUUAUCCCAGUGAUCAAAACCUCUAUUGGAGGAACAAGGAUAAUUGGAAGACUCUGCGCUGGAAACAAAAAUGGUCUUCUCUUGCCUCACACUACUACAGAUCAAGAACUUCAGCACUUGAGGAACAGUCUGCCAGAUGGAGUUGUGGUCCAGCGCAUUGAUGAGCGAUUAUCUGCCCUGGGCAACUGCAUUGCUUGCAACGAUCAUGUUGCUCUGACACAUACAGAUCUUGACAAGGAAACGGAAGAGAUGAUUGCUGAUGUUCUUGGUGUGGAAGUUUUCAGGCAAACAAUAGCAGGGAAUAUUCUUGUUGGCAGCUAUUGUGCUAUCUCAAACACAGGAGGUUUGGUACAUCCUCAUACGUCCAUUGAAGACUUGGAUGAGCUUUCAACUCUUCUUCAGGUUCCUCUGGUUGCAGGAACUGUGAACCGCGGUAGUGAAGUGAUUGGUGCUGGAUUGACUGUCAAUGACUGGACAGCAUUUACUGGCUCGGACACUACGGCAACAGAGCUAUCUGUUAUUGAAAGUGUUUUCAAGCUGAGAGAAGCUCAACCUACUGCUAUUGUUGAUGAGAUGAGGAAAUCAUUGAUCGACAGUUAUGUCUAAGUUAUUAUUUAAAUUGUAUGUACUACAAAAUUAUGGGUUGCUGCUUUAAUUGUGUUUCCUAUGUUAAAUGGUCUCACUUGAUAAAAAGCAGAUUUAUGUUUUUAAUCUUAUUUGCGUUUUCUGUUUUUCAAAUGUAUAAUGUAGUACAUUUGAGUAUAAGAAAUUUCUAUCUCCAUAUAAUAUUUUCCAUUUUCA